CUCUCCCUCUCUCUCUCUCUCUCUCUCUCUCUCUCCAAUUCGUGGCCCUGUUCUCGGGCUCGUCUCCUUCCUCGAUUCUCUAAUCCGGUGAGGUUAAGAUCAGAGUAAAAGUUUUCCACCAUGGUUUACUGUAGCCAUUGUGGGGAUCACUGCCCCUCUAUCAAAGAUCCCGAUAGCGGUUACAUAUGCUGUGCUAUGUGCGGAAAGAUUCUAGAUCAGGAUAUAUUUGGAAGUGAUCCCAUGUUCACGAAGGACAGUGCCGGCCAGAGCCGGUUGGCUGGUAAUAUCCUGGUCAGUGUUGAGAGUGGGUAUUCUGCAUCCCAUGAGAGAACUUUGAUGAAGGGUAAAGAUGAGAUUAGGCAUCUUGUAAAUUCUUUACAAGUGGGUGGUGGGGAUUCUAUAGUUGACAGGGCUCAUCGGUUUUAUCAAAUAGCCGUUGACAAGAAUUUUACCAGGGGCCGCAGAACAUCUCAUGUUGCAGCUGCUUGCCUGUACAUCGCCUGUAGGCAAAGCAAGAAAGCAUAUCUUCUUAUUGAUUUUUCAGAUUACUUGCAGAUAAAUGUAUAUGUGCUAGGUGCCGUCUUUUUGCAGCUUUGCAAAGUUUUACAACUAAUAGAACAUCCGAUUGUUCAGAAACUUGUUGAUCCCAGCCUUUUCAUCCAUCGAUUCACCGAGCGAUUAUUGGGUAAAAGAAACAAUGCUAUUUCUGAGACAGCUCUGCGCAUUAUAGCUAGUAUGAAGCGAGAUUGGAUGCAGACGGGAAGGAAACCUAGUGGCUUAUGUGGUGCAGCAUUAUAUAUAGCUGCACUUUCUCAUGGCCUCGACUAUUCCAAAUCAGAUGUUGUAACUGUUGUACACGUCUGUGAAGCCACAUUAACUAAACGCUUGAUUGAAUUUGAAAAUACCGAGUCUGGCAGUUUGACGAUUGAAGAGUUCUUAAUGAGGGCCGAUGAACUCGAAAGAGAGUCUUAUUCGAAUAAUUUACCGAAACCAGGAGAAGUCCUCUGCAAGCACAAGGAUAGCAACAAGGAUAGCAACGAGCACCAUUUUGCCCAUGGACUUUGUAGGAAAUGUUAUAAUAAAUUUAUUAAAAUAUCAGGAGGACUAGAGGGAGGUUCUGAACCGCCGGCCUUCCAGCGUGCGGAAAGACUUAGGAUGGAAGCAGCCAAAAAGGAGGCAAAAAUGAAAGAAUCUGGUCUUAACACUGAGCUUUUUGACGCGGAAAAUAGUCCUGUUCAUGGUGAGAAUGGAGAUAAAUCAACUGUUACAUCAGAAAAAUCUGGAAAUGAGUCGCAAAAAUCUAGAAGUCCUGAAAGUCCUGGUCAUGAGACUGUUGAUGCAUCUGCUCAAAGUGAAAACGAAUCGCAGGAUCAGAAUGAAGCCGCAGUCGAUGAACCAGAAACCUUCUCUGACAUUGAUGAUGCAGAGGUGGAUGGAUACCUUCACAAUGAGGAGGAGAAGCAUUUUAAGAAAAUUAUCUGGGAAGACAUGAACAAAGAGUACCUCCAGGAACAAGCAGCAAAGGAAGCUGCUGCGGCAGCAGCAGAACUGGAAGAUUUUGUAAACAGUUCUGAUGGCGCUCAGGAAAAGAAAGCCAAGAAGGAAAGAAAACAAAGGCGAACUGAAGAUGGUAAGAAAUCCGCUCCUGCCCGGACUCCUUUCGAAGCAACGUGCAACAUGCUGAAAAGAAAGGGUUUUGGGUCGAAAAUCAACAUGGGAGCAGUUGAGGGGUUAUAUACCUCUGACCAAGACAACCGGAAGAAACAAAAAUCCGCUCCAGAUCCUCUCGAUGAAUUUGGCGACACCGAUGGCGCUACCGAGAAUAACGAAGCGGUCGACGGCGGAGAUGUAGGAAAUGAUGGCGAGGCCGAAGCAUUUGAUGACUAUUACGAGAACGGCGAUGAAGACUAUGCGUACACCGAGAACUUUGAUUUCGAUGAAAACGAUUAGCUACUCAAUGAGCGGUCUGAAAUUUGCGACGAAGUUGAAGUAUCGAGGGAUUGGCGAUUUUAGCUGUUUGAUUACUCAAAAAAGUGGAGUGUAAUCUACGAGAGGUUGAGAAUGAAAGCAGGCUUUCCUGGAAAAGCUUCCGCCUGCGAAACCUGCUGCUCUUCAUUUAAAGCCUGACGAACGAAAGAAAGGAGGCUUUUACAGAUAACUUCAAAUUUCUCGAGACUGUUGUCGCCGUCGUCCUUGUAAUGCAGUAUUGAGAAUGUAGAUUAGAGAUCCUCCCUUAUGACACUAUAUGUUUUUCGUUUCUUUAUUUAUCGCAGUGAGAGAUGGCCUAUUCGAAGGCGACACGAUGUAUAAUUAUCGUCUGGAGUGUCGAUGUGCAUAAAUAGUUUUCUUUUUCUUUUGUGUUUGUUGGAUAAUAAUACAUUUUAAAUUUGAAUGUACAAAUCUUU